AUGAUAAAUUCCCGAUUCAGCCCCACCUUGCUGCUCAAUCGACUGCACAGAUACAUUCAAUCUAACCACAUCCAUGGCGGCGAUCUCCACAAAAAACCCACGAAAAAACCACGGCCACACAAGCUCACAAGAAACCAGCUCCGGACGCCCAUCCCAUUCCUCACUCAUCUCAAACAGUGCCAAAACCCCGACGAAUUCCUCUCUGUUUUCCACGAUUUCUGCGACACCGGCUACAAGCACGACUACCCUUCUUACGCUUCCCUAACCUACAAGCUCGCACGUGCCAGAAAAUUCGACGACGUCGAAGCCGUUCUGGAUUUCCUCCGGACCCACGAUAUAAGAUGCGGAGAGCCUUUGUUUAUUGGAUUGCUUCGCCAUUACGGGAAGACCGGUGCGGCGGACAGAGCACUCGAGGUUUUCAGCGAGAUGGGGAAAUCAUUCAACUGUGUGCGUACGCUGCAGUCUUUCAACACGAUCCUGAAUGUUUUAGCUGACAACGAUCGUGUUUCUGAUGCUGUUAAAUUAUUUGGGGAUGCUCCUAAGUUGCGAUUCAGGUUGAAUUCAGUCUCGUUUAACAUCAUGAUCAAAAUGUGGCUGGAGAAGGGGGACUGGGAGAAUGCGAAGAAAGUGUUCGACGAAAUGCUCGAAAGAGAAGUGGAGCCCACAGUUGUGACUUACAAUUCUCAGAUUGGAUUUUUAUGUAAAAGGGGCGAUGUCGAUUCGGCGAAAAGAUUGUUCGAGGAUAUGAGGACGAAAGGGAGGCGAGGGAAUGAGGUCACUUAUGCUUUGUUAAUGGAAGGUCUGUGUGCUUCCGGAAGGUUUGACGAAGCUAAGAAGGUGAUGUUUGAUAUGGAGUACCAUGGCUGCAAAGUGCACCUCAAAAACUAUGGAGUUUUGCUGACCGAUCUUGCCAAGAGAGGAUUGAUCGACGAAGCGAAAAGUCUGCUCGUUGAGAUGAAGAAGAGGCGGAUCAAACCGGAUGUGGUUAUGUAUAAUAUAUUGAUUGGUUAUUUCUGCAAACAAGGUGCAGCUUCUGAUGCGUAUAAACUGUUGGUCGAUAUGCAAGUAAAAGGGUGCACGCCUAAUGCCGCCACCUACAGGAUGGUGGUUGAUGGUUUCUGCAGAGUCGAGGAUUUCAUCGGUGGUUUGAAGGUUUUGCGUGCGAUGAUGUAUAGUAAUCAUUUUCCGCGUAUUGAAACCUUUUGUUGUCUGUGUAUCGGCUUGUUCAGGGGUGGGAAAAUAGACGAGGCGUGCUUCGUUUUGGAGGAGAUGAAUAAGAGGAAGAUGAGUUUAGACUGGGAUUCGUGGGAAACCAUUGUUAGAGAAUCUUGCGCGGAUGAUGAAUUUGUUAUCGCACGAUUCGAUGAUGUUUUUUCUUGCGUUUGAUGUGUUUCUGGGCUCAGAGGAAA